AUGGCCGAAGGUGCGCCGGCUAUAGGCGCACAUCUGCAAUCGCUCAAGGAAAGUGCACCAAAGUUUAUGGAAAGCGCAUUGAACGCUAAAAAUGGACUUUUAAACAAAGUGAGUGAAUAUUGUAUCCGGAGUAUCAAAAUUGUGAAACUUGAUUCUCUCGGUAAAGUACUGCACGUCUCCAGUCUGGGUCGAAGUCAAUCACCAAUCGAUAUUGUGCCAGUUAUUACAACUUUCGGGGAACAUUUACAAAAUGCAGAGUUCAGAGUUGAAUAUCACAAUAACGGCGACUUUCGCGCUACGAACACUGGCACAGCAGUAUGGCUGUUACGUGAAGGAAACGAUUCUGAGCUAGCAAUGUCAUUUUUACCUGAAGAACAAUAUCAUCUCGAUGCGGUAACAUGGCAUUGGGGCAGCGAACCAAUGAACGGCUCAGAACACACGAUUGGAGGUGUUGGAUAUGCUGGUGAAUUACAUCUGAUUCAUCGUAAUACAAGGUUUUCCAAUAUGGAAAUGGCUUUGAAACAACCAAAUGGCGUGUUUACUAUAGCGAUUUUCUUGAAUGAAUCCCAUGAUGAGAACCCUGCCAUUACACCAUUCAUCGAGCUUCUACCAAACAUAACCUACAAGGGCAAUGAAGUUCGUAUCGGGCAGUUCAACUUUUCCGCACUUUUCCCGACAGCAGAGAAGACCAAAGAGUUCUGGUUGUACGAAGGUUCAGAGACGGUGGAACCGUUCCGUGAGACAGUGCAAUGGUUGGUAUUCCGUUCAGCGCUACCGAUCAGCUCAGUUCAGCUGGAUCGCCUUCGCGAGAUCCGCUCUGGCGGUUACGACGAAGAACGAGAGACGCCGAUGGUACCGAUACGUCCGCCACAGGCACCGAAUUCGCGCACGGUGCAGUGCAGUUUUCGCUCCGCAGCCGUUGUCCACUGA